UCAGGUCACCAACCUCCGCGCUCAGUAUCUCCUCUUUUGAUCGACAUCAGCGAGAUGCUUCACGCGUUGAACCUACCUUCGCAUUCGAGCGUUCCCUCCACGUGUAAACGCAUUGCACACAAAGCCGGCUUUAGCUCUACGCCUAACCUCGCUCCUUUGACGUGGGUUCAGGCAGAAACUGAGGCCAAAUCACGAGGAUUCAUCUCGAUCGUCCAGGCUCCCCGGGCUCAAUCAUGGCCGUGGGGCCCUCCGCCUUCGAAAAAACACGAUGUAGAAAGAUCCGUCACAGACGGAUCCGCUAUAAUCACUGAGCAUGCGGUACUUGAACCAAAUCUCGCUAAUCCCACUGAAUUUCAUCUUUCGCAAGGGAGGCAGCAGCCCGCAGAAGCGACUCCAGUCCGAAGUGCCACAAGGGAUGCUGCUGGAAAUGCCACUUCUGGUCUGGCGGAAGGCAAUGCAAACAGACCAGCAGCUGCCGGGAGUCGUGUGAUAGUAGGCUCGGCAGGAAUUGGGGCCCGAUCAGAAUCUGUUCAAUCAGGAUCAGACCAAUCAGAAUCUGUCCAAUCAGGAUCAGCUGAAGCAGUGGGGAAUAAUGGGGUUGGGGGGGUUCGCAGAAGAAAGAAAAAGCAGGCAGCGUCGGAGAAGCAGGCGACCACUGAUUCAGGAGCCGACUACGUGACUAGUGUUGAGUCUCCUAACAACGGGCGCAAAAUCUCGACAGCAUCAGACGUGAACCAGCGGCUGAUCUCGAGCGCUGCGUCGCAGCCGUUGGAUGAUUCCGCAUCCGCUUCUCAGCCGUUGGAUGUGUCGGAUCCUAGGGUUUGGCUCCCUCCGCCGCCAGACGUGCCCAGGCCUCGAGCGACGCAUAAUGCUGCCAUGCUGGCGUAUAUCGGCGAUGGAAUCUAUGAGCUAUAUGCGAGGCGUCACUUCCUGAACCCGCCAUCUGCUAUUGCCACGUACUGCCAACGAGUCACGGCUGUUGUCUGCUGUGAGGCCCAGGAUGCCUUGUUGCGGCGACUUAUCAACACAAAGACCCUCACAGAGGACGAAAGGGAUGUGGUGCGGUGGGGGCGCAACGCCUCAACAGGUGCUCGCAAGGCCAAGGGGAGAGCCGGAUCCACAGUUUAUGCCAACGCUACUGCGCUAGAAACACUUAUAGGCUUUCUCUACCUGACCAACCCGUCCCGCUUGGAGCACCUAAUGAACGGACUAGGCUUUGUCUGUGAUGCUUCGGAUCUACGACUUCCGUCCCAUGGAAAGAGCUAGCAGCGUUGGGUCAUUAUUAUGGUCGUGCUACCAUAAUCGGAAGUUACCCGGUGUGCUUAUUUUUAUGAAGAAUUAUUUGUUAUUAACUACAUGUAUUGUACUACUGGAUGUUAAAUUACGGA